CAUUGCUGCAUCUACACACCGACGACAUGUCUGAGUCCGGAGCAACAUGAGCGCAGCUGUCUACUGCUCCGUUCUGCCGUCAUAGCCGCCUUCGCCGUAUACAUACCCCUUGUUCCACCUGGCUGCUUGAGACCAACAACCACCCAUCAUGUGGGACGGCCUGUUUAUGCUGCUCGCUCUGAGCACGCUCAUGGCAAUCGCGUCGUUUCUCGCCGGCGCACUCCCCCUCUCCCUUGCGCUCUCCCAACGCCAACUACGAUUCGUAUCCGCGUUGGGGACGGGUGUGCUGGUUGGAACUGCGCUCAUAGUGAUCAUCCCAGAAGGUAUUGAGACGCUCUACAGCAUUGGAAAGAAGGGCCACAGCCAUGACCAUGCGGUGCGGUCUGUAAAAUUGCCAGAAGUACAGCUAUGGAAAUACGCCGGGACCCCCCAAACAACCUCCGCGUCUCCCCUCCCAACAGCCUCCGAGGCUGUGAACCCCGACUACCUCGAACUCCGCGCUGUGAAAGCUCCCGGUGUGGUCAUAGUGCCGCGAGCAAAGGACGCUCAAGACGCCGCGAAAGAUGCGCAGGAUGCCCAUGACGAGGAUGAUGACCAUCCCAAGAAACCCCAAGGCGACGACGACUCAUCCGAGGGCGAUCUAGGCAAGGAGCGUAUCCACCCACAACCCAAAGUCGAGACUCCAGAAGAGCACAAAGGCCGCGAGCCUCACGCCUGGGUCGGCGUUUCUCUCGUCCUCGGCUUCAUCCUCAUGUAUCUCGUAGACGUCCUCCCAGACACACUCGGUCCUUCGCAGCCGAAAUACAGGCCUCUCCACAUAGACCUCUCGAAUCUCUCCCGCGGCUCGCAUCACUCAAACUCGCCGGGCAUCCCUUCAUCGCCCGCCCCAGGCCUCGAACCACCAAGCCCGCGGUCCUCUGCAACAACGAUUGGCCUUAUCAUCCACGCAUUCGCAGACGGCAUUGCCCUCGGCGCGUCCACAACCGCCCCAUCGACUUCGCUAGGCUUCAUCGUUUUCUUAGCGAUUAUGCUACAUAAAGCCCCCGCGGCCUUCGGUCUCACCUCCGUCCUGCUCAAACAAGGCAUCUCCAAGCGCACCGCUCGCACCCAUCUCCUGCUCUUCAGCCUCGCAGCACCCGCCGGCGCAUUCGUAACGUGGUCCGCCGUCCACCUCCUCGGCCGCGCCCGGCUCGGCGGCGACGACGGUCUGACAUGGGCGACCGGAUGCAUAUUGCUGUUUUCCGGCGGAACAUUUCUGUAUGUGGCCAUGCACUCCAUGACCGACUCCGCCGCCACGCCCACCCACUCCCACGACUUCGACUCCGGCUCCAACGGCUAUGCGGACCCGUACAGCCGCGGCCCGGCGCCGAAGGGCGGCCAGCCGUCCGCCAGCGAGGUCGCGACGGCGGUGGUCGGGAUGCUGGUGCCCCUAGUUACGCAGAUUGGGCAUGUGCAUUGAUUUAGCUAUAUCAUCUCGCACUGUAGCAUUGAAGCCAACGUGAUGUGUUGUUUUAGUAUGGCGUUGGGAGUUCUGGUGAGCUUGGUUCGCGAAUGAGGUCCCGAGUGGUGGGUUAUGGGGGUCUUGUAAGAUUCGAAAAACUAGGUGGUCGAACGUUGAUUGAAUAGCUCAUCAUAGAUUUAGCGGAUGACAUUCUGGUGAUGGUUAGUCCUACCAGUCGACAUUAGGAAUGAAUACGAGUAUUUCCUUCCUUACGACUUCCACUUUCAUUUCGUGGUCAGCAUGCUAGAUGAGUCGAGGCCCCAAUCAUCACCUCCGCCAAACACUGACCAUCAUCAUCAACACUUCCAAUAAAACUCCACGC